UGCUGUACGGAAAGAGAUAUGUCAGUGGGUGGCGCUGUGACGGAGAAUGCAGAGCGCAUUCCUCCCCCCCAUGAAAGGAAGAGAUUUUACAGCAAAACGAGGGUGUGGACCUCGGGGGACGUAGUUGGGUUGAGUGUAAUCGUCCACAUAAUCUGAGCGAAAAACCCCUUUAUUCAAACGUGCAGGUGGGCAGGUGGGAAAGCCCAUUUACUGUCUUGGAUCAUCUUUGCGGGAUACACUCCCCCCACUUUUGGAUGAAUGGUAUCCAGCCCUCAUUUGGACUGACGUUGCAGAUCUGUUUUUCCCUUGAGCACCAAGUAUAACCUCAGACUCCAGGUAUUGUGGGUAGAGAGCAGAAGCCAGUCAUGGAUGACAUCUUCACCCAGUGUCGAGAGGGCAAUGCUGUAGCAGUACGCCUGUGGCUUGACAAUACCGAGAACGACCUGAACCAAGGAGAUGACCAUGGUUUCAGUCCUCUGCACUGGGCCUGCCGGGAGGGCCGUUCCAAUGUGGUGGACAUGCUGAUCAUGCGAGGGGCGCGGAUCAACGUCAUGAACCGAGGCGAUGACACACCUCUACACCUGGCAGCUAGCCAUGGUCAUCGUGACAUUGUUGGCAAGCUAAUCCAAUGCAAGGCUGACACCAAUGCUGCCAAUGAGCAUGGCAACACUCCUCUGCAUUACGCCUGCUUCUGGGGUCAGGACCUUGUUGCUGAGGACUUAGUAAAUAGUGGUGCUCAGGUAAGCAUCUGUAACAAGUAUGGGGAGAUGCCCAUGGACAAGGCCAAGCCACACCUCCGGGAAAUCCUCAGAGGUAGGACAGCCCUUCGUAAUGGCACCCUGAACAAACAUGCUGGUAUUGACUAUAAGCAGCUGACCCUGACAGCCAAGCUCAAUGAGAACCACUCUGGGGAGCUGUGGCAGGGCCGUUGGCAGGGCAAUGAGAUUGUCGUGAAGGUGCUCAAAGUCCGUGACUGGACCACACGCAAAAGUCGGGACUUCAACGAAGAGUAUCCCAAGCUCAGGAUAUUUUCCCACCCAAAUGUCCUGCCCAUGCUGGGAGCCUGCCAGUCCCCACCUGCCCCCCACCCUAUCAUAAUCACGCACUGGAUGCCAUAUGGCUCUCUGUACAACGUGCUGCAUGAAGGGACAACCUUUGUGGUUGACCAAACCCAGGCAGUGAAGUUUGCGCUUGAUAUUGCCUGUGGGAUGGCCUUCCUGCACACAUUGGAGCCCAUGAUCCCCCGGCAUUAUCUUAACAGCAAGAGCAUAAUGAUUGACGAGGACAUGACAGCGCGGAUCAGUAUGGCAGAUGUCAAGUUUUCAUUCCAGUGCCCUGGGAGGAUGUACUCUCCAGCCUGGGUUGCGCCAGAGGCCUUGCAGAAAAAGCCAGAGGAGAUAAACCGCCGGUCAGCUGACAUGUGGAGCUUUGCAGUGCUGCUGUGGGAGCUAGUCACUCGAGAAGUGCCCUUUGCUGACCUCUCCAACAUGGAGAUUGGCAUGAAAGUGGCCCUGGAAGGCUUGAGGCCCACGAUCCCCCCAGGCAUCUCGCCUCACAUCUGCAAGCUGAUGAAGAUUUGCAUGAAUGAGGACCCUGCCAAGAGGCCCAAAUUUGACAUGAUUGUCCCCAUCCUGGAGAAGAUGCAGGAGAAGUGACCUACCCCAUCCUAGUAGUGCAAACCUGUAUUGCCUUAACUCUCACUACUGCUGUUCUCAAUGUCACCAUAACCUAGCUUGAGCCAGCAGCACCCCUAUACCUCUACUGUUCUUGAGGAAAGGAUUAUUUUAUUUACCCCCUGUGCUCUGCGAACCCACUUAAGAAACAGAAUGUAAAGCUUUAGUUCCUCCCCUCUAAUAUCUCCUGUUUGAUUGGAGGAGCCAUGGGCCCAUGUGUCACAGGUAUGUCCAGCACAUAGUGCCAGUUGGAUGGUUUCCUCUGCAGAAAAUGAAGACUGAAAUUUAAGCACAGUGUACAGCUCAUCAAUACUGUCUGAAGCCCAGUUUGAGGAAAGGGAUAGAGAGGCCAAGCUGAGCUGAGUUCAUCAAUGCUCCCACCAUAGUAGCCUGUUCGCUUCAUAUUUCAAUGUGGACUUCAGACUUCAUUUAAUUUCCAAUUUUAAGAUUUCUUUUUAAUAAAUUCCACUGAUCAUAAUAGCAUGCAGCCCUUUUUUUGUAAUAGCCACAAUAACACUGUCUACAGAAGUUUGGAGUUUUUCCUGGGCAUUCUAAAUGGCUUCUUUUAAUUCCACAUCUCCUUAGGGAAUAGCACUGAAUCUUUACCUUGCUUAUUUAUAAAGGGUGCAGAUGGUGAGCACAGAAACCGAGUGGCAGAAACAUCUAUGAUGUCCACUAAUUUUCCAGUCACAGGAAACCUAGAGCACCGUCAAACAGAAGUUUUCAGAUGUACUUCCUUUUUCAUUUUAGUCACUGUGGCUAUUUCCUCCUUUGGACAAUACUAUUUUCUAACCAGGAUUGUUUAAAGCAUGGACAGUCUACAAAGGCUGUUCUACCCAGAAUUAUAUCAUCUUAGUUACUGAGUUUGGUAGGGAGUUUCCUUGGAAACAGGGUUUUCCUUGUCUUUUUUUGCUUUUAUUUACAGGAAUAAAGAUUAACAGGAACAAAAACGAGUGGGGGGUGGGUUGUUGACGAGUUGUCUACCAUCCAGCCGACCUGAUGCCAGCUCCGUGCAUUUCUGCUGUGGUGCUCAGUUUUGGUUCUGUCGAAGCAGAUCUUCUCUCUCUAGCAUAUUUUCACAUCACCAGCUAUCCUCCCCUCCCCCCCAGCUUGCUUGUCUGUGUUUACACACGGGGGAAAAAGUAAACAAAGCAUGUCUUAUACAAAUGUAUGUAAUUUAUAUAUAUAUAUUAAAAACUUUGUGAUUUCCAUUGUAAACUGGAGGCCAUGUUUUUUAUGAGACUCUGCUGUAUCUAUUUAAUUAUACUCUGCAGUAUCUAAUUAUAUGAGCACACAACGUUUUCUUGUAGUGUUCUUUCACACUGCCACUUGAUUCCCUCUUAUUCUUUUGUUUGUUUUAUUAAAAUAUGAUUUCACGGUU